UGGGUAGCAAGUCGCUGCUCGGAACCUGCGGGCGGCGGAGGCGUUUUCCCGGGGCCUAUUGGCUGCUGGACCUAGGCAGUCAAGGGCGGAAGUGGGAGGUGUGGGUCCGUGCGAGCUGCUCUGCUGACGCGAUCUGGCCACACUGGAGGCGGCGGGCGAACGGGGCUUGGGGGGUCCUCGUGGCACCGUGGAGAGGGCUUCUGGGGCUCCGUCAGGGUCCGCUACGGCUCCAGCGGAGCGCGGUGGGGAUGGGGUACACAGCCGAGCGUCCGCCGGAGCCUCCGCCAUGUUCGCGGGGCUCCAGGACCUGGGCGUGGCCAAUGGCGAGGACCUGAAAGAGACCCUGACCAACUGCACCGAGCCUCUCAAGGCCAUUGAACAAUUUCAGGUGGGCAGAAGGGGCCGGGGCAGCUAGGGAAGCUGGACACAAUUCGGCGCGCUCCCGACGCUUGGAUGGAGGCGCUAAAGGUUCUGCGCUAGGGACCCGCUGAGUAACUGAGUGUUUUCCCUUUUCCGCUGUUACUAUGGCGGACCCUAGUACUCGGCAUCCGUGGUGUCCGUGCUGACUUGGCUGCGGCCAAGCAAAAUGCGUACGCGUUUACCCUCUGCUUCUCCAGACAGAGAAUGGCGUGUUGCUGCCUUCCCUGCAGUCGGCCCUGCCCUUCUUGGAUCUACACGGGACACCGCGGCUGGAGUUCCAUCAGUCAGUGUUUGAUGAACUACGUGACAAACUUCUGGAACGAGUGUCAGCAAUUGCCUCUGAGGGAAAGGCAGAGGAGAGGUACAAGAAGCUGGAAGACCUUCUGGAAAAGAGCUUUUCUUUGGUCAAGAUGCCAUCCCUACAACCAGUGGUGAUGUGUGUUAUGAAACACUUGCCCAAGGUUCCUGAGAAGAAGCUGAAGCUGGUGAUGGCUGACAAGGAGUUGUACCGGGCAUGUGCUGUGGAAGUGAAGAGGCAGAUUUGGCAAGACAACCAGGCUCUCUUUGGUGAUGAAGUCUCACCACUGCUGAAGCAGUAUAUCCUAGAGAAAGAGAGUGCGCUCUUCAGCACAGAGCUCUCUGUGCUGCACAACUUCUUCAGCCCUUCCCCCAAGACCCGGCGCCAAGGAGAGGUGGUGCAGAAGCUGACGCAGAUGGUAGGGAAGAAUGUGAAGCUGUACGACAUGGUGCUGCAGUUCCUGCGCACACUGUUCCUGCGGACCAGGAAUGUGCACUACUGCACGUUACGAGCUGAGCUGCUCAUGUCUUUGCAUGACUUGGACGUCAGUGACAUCUGCACUGUGGAUCCCUGCCAUAAGUUCACCUGGUGCCUGGAUGCCUGCAUCCGGGAACGGUUUGUGGACAGCAAAAGAGCCCGGGAGCUUCAGGGAUUUCUUGAUGGUGUGAAGAAGGGCCAGGAACAAGUUUUGGGGGAUUUGUCUAUGAUCCUGUGCGACCCCUUUGCCAUCAACACACUGUCCCUGAGCACCAUCAGGCACUUGCAGGAGCUGGUUAGCCAGGAGACACUGCCCAGGGAUAGUCCCGACCUCCUCCUACUACUUAGGCUGCUGGCACUGGGCCAAGGUGCAUGGGACUUAAUAGAUAGCCAGGUCUUCAAGGAGCCUAAGAUGGAGGCAGAGCUCAUCACCAAGUUCCUGCCGAUGCUCAUGUCCCUCGUGGUGGAUGACUUCACUUUCAACGUAGAUCAGAAGCUUCCAGCUGAGGAGAAAGCCUCAGUCACAUACCCCAACACACUUCCUGAGAGUUUCACCAAGUUUCUGCAGGAGCAGCGCAUGGCUUGUGAGGUGGGACUAUACUACGUCCUACACAUCACCAAGCAGAGAAACAAGAAUGCUCUCCUGCGCCUGCUGCCUGGACUUGUGGAAACGUUUGGUGACCUGGCCUUCAGUGACAUCUUUCUCCACCUGCUCACUGGGAGCCUGGUACUGCUUGCUGAUGAAUUUGCCCUGGAGGAUUUCUGCAGCAGCCUCUUUGAUGGCUUCUUCCUCACUGCCUCUCCCAGGAAGGAGAAUGUGCACCGUCAUGUGCUGAGGCUUCUCCUCCACUUGCAUGCAAGAGUGGCCCCUUCCAAGCUGGAGGCAUUGCAGAAGGCUCUGGAGCCCACAGGCCAGAGCGGGGAGGCCGUGAAGGAGCUCUACUCCCAGCUUGGUGAGAAGUUGGAGCAGUUAGACCAUCGAAAGCCCAGUCCUACCCAAGCUGCAGAGACACCAGCACUGGAUCUGCCUCUUCCCAGCGUGCCUGCUCCAGCCACACUGUGAGGCUGUGGAGAACUGAAACUGUUUGACAGUGGUGCCCUAUGGAAGGGCACCUAGUUGGCUAGGGGUGUAGGCUGAGCUGAGAGGGGUGUUCUUUGGCAAGGUUCUCCCUCCUCUAGUUUCUCCCAGGAGCUGGUCCCAAAAGGUCCUCCCUCAGUGGUCUACUUGCAUAUCAUAGGGGGCCCUUGAUGUCAUGGUGGGACUUGGCCCCUGCUUGACCCUGGCAGAGGUGGAUGGUGAUUGGGAUAUAGGAAAAGCAGUGGGCAGAGGCCUGACUGACCUGAUAUUCAAUCUGCACAAAGUCCAAGGUAUGCUAGGUUCACCAAAGUAGAUUUGCUGGACCUGAUCCCCAAGCACAGGAGUGGUACCCUCCACAGAAGCUGGGGGAGAGUCUGCAGCAGGCCUGAGCCUGCUGAUGUCAGUGCUGACUGAGUCCAUGCUAACUGAGAUCUGUAGGCAGAGCUCUGCCCUGUAGCUCCCUGCCUCAGUUUAUCUUUGCAAUACAAAGCAAAUCCUUCCCCAGCUAUGUGUUUUAGCCUUUGAGUAGGGGAGUUUCGGUGUACACAUUGAAUUUUCCACUUAUGUAAAUAAAACGGAUUUUGAUAAAUCCA